CAUGGAAUGUGUAGUAGUAGUUGCAAUGAUGCACGCAGGGGGCCAGGGAACGGACAAUCGCAUCCCACCGCGUCGCAAUGGCUCAGGCAACGAUCCCAGCGUUGGUGGCAGAAAAGACGAACAAUGGCAUCCUUAAGGCUCGCCGUCGCAUUCGGCCCGUCACCGUGCGCUUCACCGAGCCUGGCAUCGCUGACCUGACGACUGAGCUCGUCGCUGAGACGCUGUAUGAAAUCCGCCAAACUCGCCGGCAGCAAGGCCUGGAGGAUACAGCGUCUGUUGGAUAUUCAACAGAUAUCAAGCGCAACGGUAAAGCACGCAAAGUAGACGCUGGUGUCAGCGAUCGCGCAGAUGACGAUGAUGAUAGCUCAGAUUCGGACUCAAGCUCCUCCACCGCCAGCACAGACACAGUUCGAGGUGCUUCCGGCCGCUCCAAUACCACUCAAAAUCAUCAUAGACCUUGCAUCACCGUGCUCAGAUCAACGGACGAGACGGUCGGAUCUUUCCGCGCGCGUAUCUACCAGUCUCACUUACCCCCGGACUUCCAACGGCGGCAGGUCCGCCUCAUCCACGCAGGGCGUAUCCUCAAAGAUGAUGGCAUCAAGCUGGUCGACUGGCUCGACACGCUGGAUGAAAAGCGGGAGAGUUCGCUCCUUGGAAUAGAGGGCAGCUCGGAGCAAAGGCCGGGAGCGGGUGCAGCAGCUACUGUCAACUCUCGGAAGGACGAGCAAGCGAGGGAAGGAGAAGCACUCGUGCGAGAGCUUGCAAAACAGGGACGGCGGGCACGAAAGCAGGCGCUACGGACUGCCAAGAAUAUUGGAGGCUGGAUCGAAGAUCGCGCGACCAAGGCCCUCGCCGAUGUCGGAGCUGGGCCGCAUAGCCCUCUUUUACCUCUUUCGGUGCCGGCCAAAGAGACGCAUGUGCUGUUUGACAGCGAUACGCUUGAGGACGAAAUUGCAAAAAAGAAACCAGAAAACAGACCCUCAAGGCAGACCUCCAAGGGUAAAGGCCGCGCUACCGAGGCCGACAUGGCGCGCUGGUUGCAGCCAUCGAACCUCACCGUCGAAGAGUCUCGGGCUUCCAACACGGUGUACAUUCAGUGCUCGAUCGGUCCUGAGAUGGACGUGGACCAGAUACGACAGCGCAAAGAGGAGCAAACACAAGCCCAGCAAGGGAGAGCAACACUUUCGUGGCCAUCAGACAACCAAGAGGCAUUUGCAUCUGGAUCCACACGUCAACAAUACUCCGGCUUCGACAGGCUGCGCGAAACCGCCGGUCUGAAUGCGUCCGAUAUCUCGACGAUGCGCUACCACUUUCGGCACGCCCGGCCAGAGCUGCUCCUCGACCGUUCCGGCGACGUUCUCCGUCGCGCCGAAGAGGACGAGCACGCGCGUGCGCUUGAAGAACAGUGGAUUGAUGGCAUGGUCGGCGCGCAGAACGGGAGAGACGAUGGUGGCACAGCUGGAUCUGCGUCCGGGUCUCAGAGUUCGAGGACGACGCUGUUCGGCAUGAUGAUAGGCUUCUUCUUCCCCGUCGUAAGUGCUGAUUGUGUCAGGCGAGCCUUGGCAAUAGUUUCUGCUUACUCUCAACGCUUGGGUCUUCCUCACCGCUCCUGUUCAGCUCCCGCUGUUCUUCCUAUCAGACAAACCGCAUCCUUCAUGGUUCCCUUCGAUCAACUCGCACCCGCGACUGACAGACUCCGAUUCCGAGGACGACGGCGACGAUGAUGACGAAGACGCCGAUGCAGAAGGAGAUAGACGGCGCGAAGGGGAGGCGGGCCAAGAUGGAGAUGGAAACGGAUACACCAGCGGCGGAAAUCGCAACGUGCGAAGUGCAGAAGAGCGGCUGGAGGUACGCCGCGCUCAGGCAGCGCAACGAAGAGCGCUGCGCGGCGGGACCGUCUUUGGUGCGCCGCUGCAGAACGCCAUCUUCAUGGGCAUUAUGGCCAAUCUCUUUUUUGCGCUGUUCAAGAACUUCUUCGCGCCGGAUUAAGAUCACACAGCAGAUCACUGCGUGGCUUUUCGAUGUACUGUUCCCGCGCCGCAGACAUGCAUUUCGCUG